UGCUUUUGAAAAUUUCAACGGAAGAUCUCUUCUUCCAUAUACGCAACAAUACAUACAGGAAGUAUACGUAAAGCCACGACCGAGUAUGCACACGAGCAUGGACUUUUGACCUUUUGCUCGUCUCUCUUACACACUGUGGAAGAAUGAUGAUGAUGAUAUCGUUGCUGUUGAUGAUGAUGAUAUAAUCGUGUUCCUUACUGUAUGACUUCAAUUCAUGAACGAAACUCAACUAUUGACAAAACGUAACGAAGACGACGACUCGUCAUCAUUAAAACCCUAAGUUUCGCUCAUUCAUUUUGUGUUGGCAAUUUGCUUACUGAUGACUAAAUUCUUCAGUAAACGGAGGUUUCAUCUUUCUUCACCUGCUAAUUUCAUCAAUUCAUUUACUUACAGUUCUAAUCACGAUAACAAUUCGUCGAAAUCGUCUCCGUGUUCUAAUUCUUCGUCUUCAUGCGAUAAUAAUUCGAUGAAGAGGCUCACUAGGCAGCGUAAACUCCGUCACUUGACGGUGGAGGACUAUUGUGCGCCGGUGGAAGAUGACGGUGAUCUGUCCAAAUCGUUGCCUGAUUCUCCGAGUUCUCAUUCACGGUCGCCGCACCGGUUGCCGGAGCACUGGUCCUCGUCCGCCGUGCCGCAACCGUUGCCACUUCCUAGUGAUGAUCAGCGGUUGCCGGCAGAAGGAUGUGGUGGUGGUGGAAAUGGACGAUAUGAUCGAUGUGGGACGAGUAGUACCAAGGGUAGUGGUAUCCCAAUAUCACCUAAGCCUUCAACUUACAGUCGUCGGAAGGGUUAUCCUCAAGACAUAAAUGGUGAAAAGGUUCACGGUGACAUCAGGUUGCAAGUUUCAGCGAGAAGCGCCCCGACUAGCAGCUUCACUAGUCCUACACUUAGCCCCAAAAGAUUUAGCACACUCGAUAUUUUCGAUUCUGCGCUUGCAGGCCAUCGGGAAUUCCAUAUGUUACCAUCUUCUGACACAGCAACAAAACGUUCUCAACCGCACAGUCCACCGUUACAAAGUCCUUAUCCGGUUAGUAGAACCGAGAACAACAAUACUAAUGUUCACCCACUUCCACUUCCACCUUCGAGACCUGUUUCCAGACGUCAAAGUUUGGAUAAAUCUGAUGCACAAUUGAUAAAAGGUCAAUGGCAAAAAGGGAAACUUUUGGGGUCUGGUACUUAUGGUACUGUAUACGAAGCAACCAAUCGUGAAACAGGGAGCUUGUGCGCGAUGAAAGAAGUUGGUGUCAUUCCUGAUGAUCCUAAAUCAUCCGAAUGCAUACAGCAGUUGGAGCAGGAAAUAAGAGUUCUACAAAAUUUAGAGCAUCCAAACAUUGUACAUUAUCUGGGUUCUGAAAUAGUCGAUGACCGAUUUUGCAUAUAUUUGGAAUAUGUUCACCCUGGACCCAUAAAUAAAUAUGUCCGGGAACACUGUGGAGCUAUGACAGAAUCUGUAGUACGAAACUUUACACGGCAUAUACUCUCAGGAUUGGCUUAUUUGCACAGCAAGAAGAUUGUUCACAGAGAUAUAAAAGGAGCAAAUUUGCUUGUUAAUGCAUCUGGUGUUGUGAAGCUUGCGGACUUUGGAUUGGCGAAACAUCUUUCUGCAUACACAGCUGAUCUUUCCUUAAAGGGCAGUCCACAUUGGAUGGCUCCAGAGCUUCUGCAAGCUGUAAUGAGAAAAGAUAUCAAUCCAGAACAUGCAUUUACCAUGGAUAUAUGGAGUCUGGGAUGUACGGUGAUUGAGAUGCUGACCGGGAAACCUCCAUGGAGCGAGUUCACUUGGGUGAAAGCACUGUUUAAUGCAUUAAACAGAUCUCCAACUAUACCCGAAACAUUAUCAUCAGAAGGGAAGGAUUUUCUUAAUCUAUGUUUGCAGAGAAAUCCAGAAAAACGUCCAUCGGCUGCUUUGUUACUCGAACAUCCUUUUGUGCGUCGUUCAUUUGAUCACAAUCUUUCACCCAGCAAGCAAAAGUUUGAUCACAAUCUUUCACCCAACAAGCAAAAGUUUUCCGGUCUGAGAUUGAACGAAAUACCGCAUUAUCAAAGAGACUUGCCUGCACUCCCCAAAGAUAUGAUGCAACACUCACCAUGCACUUUCGUUAAAUAUGAAAGACAACAGUUUCACUGUGGAACACCGAGACACCUGAAUUCAGAGACGAAUAUGGACCAUUCACCAGCUGCCGUCCACCACUCUCGUCGGUCUACUUCUGAAGUUGUUCCAAAUGAGUUUACACACAAUUGUGGGGUUCAAAAUCAUUCGGCGGUUACAGGUAAGGGUAGAACAUAUUCUCUACCAAUGACCCCCAACAGAGAAACCUACCUGUUGUAAAUUAAUAACUGUUUGAUUUUCAAUUCAAUAACGAAGAUAGAAUUUAGUGUUAGAUAUUCAUUGGGGUUCUGCUUAGAGAAUUAUAAAGGUUGUAUCUUGCACAGGAAGAUGGUUGUUAGUGAUUAUUGUAUGUGCUUAUAUUUCAACAGCACUGUGUAACUCUAAUAACUUGUAUGUGCUUAUAUUUCAACAGCACUGUGUAACUCUAAUAACAAGUGGGUUUUGUUGGCA